AUGAGACCUAGGGACGAUUCCCCGCCUAGAUCUGGCUUGCUCAUUCUGAAGUCUAGCUCUCCUGCGAAGAACGGACGCGUGAUGGGUUUCACUACUAGGUCUCAUUCUACCGUCGUUGUUUGCAAUUCUGGUCAUUUUCGGAUAUUGCAUCUUCGAAAACCAGAAUGGUCCAAAUUUGGAGUGUCCUACCUCAUCCACACUUUCGGUUUCUCCCCACAAUUUGCUUCCAAACUCUGCUCCACUUACAAAGUUAAAUUCAGAACCACCCAAAAACCUGAUUCAGUUCUCAACUUCUUUAGAAACCACGGUUUCUCAGAACCCCAAUUACGUGAUUUGAUUGCAAAGGGACCCUAUCUCCUUUCCUGCAACCCAUCCAAAAGGGUCUUGCCAAAGUUUCAAUUUUUUCUCUCCAAAGGUGCUUCUAACUCCGACAUUGUUAAACUUGUCACUAAAAGACCAUGUGUUUUGUCUACAAGCCUCAAGAAUCAAAUAAUCCCAACCUAUGAAUUGACAUAUAGAUUCCUUCAAUCCGACAAGGACACUAUUGCUUGUGCAGUUCACACUCCAACUUUACUUAGUCACCGUCUAGUGUCGCAUAACAUUAGAAUGUUAAUUGAUAAUGGAGUGCUAGACUCUAGCAUUGCAAGAUUGCUUCAGAGGCAAACUCGUUCGUUGGAUACACCUGACAUGUUGAAGCUGGUGGAGGAAUUAAAAGAUUUGGGUUUUAAUCCUUCGAAAGCAGCCUUUGGUACAGCAUUGGCUGCAAAAACAACAUUAACCAAAACUCGGUGGAAAGAGAAAGUCGAUGCCUUUAAGAAAUGGGGCUGGUCGGAUGAAAAUGUUCUUGAUGCAUUUAAAGGCAGCCUAAAUUUGGGUUGGGAUGCUCUUGCCCUUACCAAAGAUCCAUUAGUUUUUUCAACCAGUUUGGAAAAAAAGAUCAUUCCAAGGGCACCAAUAGUGCAAUAUCUGCUGAAGAAAGGUUUGCGAAAAACAAAUGCAAGUUUAACUUGUCCUUUUGUUUGUCCUGAGAAGCAGUUUCUUGACAUGUGUAUAAAACCUUUUGAGAAUGAGUCUUCUUAUCUUUUAAAGCUGUACGAGGAAAAACUCAAUCUCGCAUAG